UAAGCAGUAGACUGCUGACACAUUCUAUACAUUUGAGAAUAUGGCGUUCAGAGAUAAAGUGAUCCUAGUGACCGGAGGCAACUCAGGCAUUGGCAAAGCCAUAGCCUUACAUUUCUCUAAAGAAAACGCUAAAUUAGUUAUCGUAGGUCGUAAUAAAGAUACUAUAGAAGAAGUUAAAGAUAUUUGUACGGCUAACAGUGGAAAUGAAGCUAUGGGGAUACAAGCGGAUGUGAGUAAAGAUACUGAUGUUGAAAUGAUAGUAAACAAAGUCACUGAAAAAUACGGAAGGCUGGAUGUCCUUGUAAACAAUGCUGGUGUGUUCAUAUCUGAUGAUAUCUAUACUGCUACAAUGGAAAAUUUUGACGCACAUAUAAAUACGAAUCUGAGAGGAACUUUUAACCUGACAAGGUCGUUUGUACCACUUCUUAUCAAGGCACAGGGUAAUGUCAUCAGCAUCUCUGGAGUAGAAGCGGUAAAGUAUUGGGAAGGGCUGUUGACUGAUAGCCUGUCAAAAGUAGCAAUUCAGAAUCUGACAAAGUAUGUGGCUUACGAACUGGCGUCGAAGAAGGUUCGCGCUAAUUCUUUAGCUUUGGGCUAUGUGACAGGGACGAAGAUUAUACAGAGAGCGAAUAUAGAUCCCGAAGAGUUCGGUAGAGGAUUCCUUCCGAGCGUGCCCCUGGGAGAGGCCAUCAAACCUGAAGACGUGGCAAAGACAGUAGCGUUCAUUGCCAGCGAUUCAGCCAAACAUAUAACUGGACAGAACAUAGUUAUGGAUGGAGGGUUCAGCUGCUAUUAGUGGUAAUAAGAAAGAUGAUCACGCUCACUGGUCAGAGCUAUAAGGGAGGGUUUAUAAAUUACUGGUUAAUUUUGUAAGACAUUAAUGUUGGGCAACGGCUGCUGUAACUUAUUCAAUAGAUGAAAUGUUAAAAUAUUGUUAAAUAAAAAAAAACAAUGAAGAAGGAAGAGUGCACUAGCACAAACUA